GGUUCCUCCAGCAGGAAAUGACGUCAUCAGAACAGUAGCCAAUCCGCAAGUUUCAGAAUCCGCUUGAAAGCCAGCAAUCCUAACUAUUCAGAGGCAGCCAUGCUUGAUCUUGUGACUAAUAAGGUCGCGUUGGAUGGAGUAUCUGAAACCUCAUUGGUACAUUGCCGGGGGCUGGCAAACAAGCGGCUCACUGAUUCGACAGAUCCCCCUUUCCAACCGAACAUAAUGCGACUUCAAUGAAAGGAACUGUGGGGAGUUUUGGUGGCGAGAGAGGCUUAAACUGAGCGGCAAAGGCGGAAGAACCUUGAUUCGGAUGGAAACCCCUCCCCUUCCCGGGCACCAAUAGCAUAGCAGCCGUAAGGAAAGUUACGAGAGUGGAGUUGCAGUAGCAGCAGUGUGCUUUUGCCAUGGCGGUAGAGGCCAGGUGGUGCUAUCGGGGGGACCCCCAGAAGGAGCAGAGCGCCCUACUCGUCCAGUUUUCGAAUGGGAAACUGAAAAGUGCUGAAAAUAUGAAUUUUACCUUAUAUAAAAGCAAAAACACCAAUAACCCAAGAAAGAAGCAUAAAAGAAUAUUGAAUGCAGAAACAGAUAGGCUCUCUUAUGUAGGAAAUAAUUUUGGUGCAGAAGCCCUGAAAUGCAACACCCUAUGCAGAUAUUUUGUUGGCAUGUUAGACAAGAACUCUGGACAAAUGGAUGUCUACAAUGCAGAGUUAUUCAACAUGCAGCCAAUGAUUUCAGAUAACGUAGCAGAUGAAGACCUGUCGGAGUAUUUGACUAAAUCCUUCAGAGAGAAGGUGGAUCUGUGCAUUGAAGCCUUUGGAACCACCAAGCAGAAGAGAGCCCUGAGCUCUCGGAGGAUGAAUGAAGUUGGGAAGGAGGUAUUAACUAAGGCUGUGACCAAAGCAGCAGAAGACGUUAUAGAGACAAAGGGUGUUGCUGCUUUGGUCAGUGACGCGGCAGAGGAUGAAAAGGCGGAUGCCUCCUUGAUCCUUCCUCCAUGCCAUGAAGAUGCUGACAAACCAGAAGAUGUCUACAAAUUUGAGGACCUUCUUUCCCCUGCUGAAUAUGAGGCACUUCAGGCUCCAGCUGCAGCUUUCAUGAGCGUAACUGCAGCUGCAAUCCUUAAGAUGGCAGAAGAGAAAAGCUAUUGCUCCUUUGUCCUGGAUGAACUUAAGUCCCUGCCUCUGGAUGAGAAGACCCGUGACCACAAGACCCGAUGUCUCUGGUUUUUGGAUUGUCUUGUCCAGCUGAGCCACAGGAGGGUGGUUAAAAAUAAAAAUGCGAUGGGACCCGAUUGUCCACAUAUCAUCAGUAACAAACUUGUGAAAACCUUCACAGCACUGUCCUAUGGCAAUGGCAGGAUUCAGAAUAAGGUUUCUGCUUCAAUGAGAGCCAAGAUAACUGCAUACGCCAUAGCCCUGGCCUUGCACAUUAACAACUUCCAAACAGACCUGACAGUUUUGCAGCGGGAUCUGAAAUUGCGAGAAAACAAGAUUCUUGACAUUGCCAAAGCAAUGAGGCUGAAAAUCACUAAAAGCAAAGGUCUUUUGGGAUUUGAUGAGCACAAACUGGGGACGCUCACACUGCCCUUACCUGUGUACAAGAUGCCACCAAUCCAGAGGAAACGAAAGAUGAAGUAAACAAGAUGCCACCAAGCCAGAGGAAAUGCAACAUUAAAAACUAUGUACUGUGACUUCUUGCUGAGUUUACAGCCUUCAUUGUUCAAUGCAGUUUCUUCCAGAGGCUCCUGUUGUUUUUCUGAUUCUUGCUACUGCCUCAGCCUUUUCAUCUGCAGCUUGUUUUGUAACUUUAACAUUCAGUCUUCUUGGACUGGACAGUAAUACUAAUAAGCAAGGAUUGGAUCAACACCUGCUCUUAAGUGUGUGAAAAUUCUGCUUGCCCCUUGGAGCAGAUCAACCACAGAGACUGUGACCAAUGGACCUCUGUUUUUUCCUGAAUUGCUGUGUUGGGCACAACUAGAAGAGAUGGCAGAACUUUUAUGGGGCAGGUUUUAAUAGUAAAUGAAGCCAGGGAAAGGGGGUGGGUGGGUUGAUAGACACACCAUCAGGAGAAGGGUUUCAUCCUUUCCUCUCUUGGUACUGUUCUUUAGUGGAGUACAACUAGCAACUGGAUUUCAACUAGGAAAAUGGGGUGGAAGGAAGGAGUUCAUUCUCUAGGUGAAAUUGGGCUGGGAGCCUCUCCUGCUGUAGUAUUGUUGAAUAAUCUGUUUUAGAGCUGAUCAGCACUCUGAUAGAAGACUACUAGUCUCAUGAUGAGCAGGAUACAAGUGUACUAUACAUAUGACAUUCUAUCAAGGGCCCCGGCCUCUUCUACCAACAGCAUGGCUCCUCUUGGCAUUAAAGCCUAGUUGCCAUCUCUCUGGUUCUUUAGCCCUUUCCCUACUACACCUCAGCACCCUACCACCCUGGUCCCUCUGUCUGUGCAUAAAGGCAGAGCCCUGUCCCUAGACCACAACUUUCCUUUAUCUUAUUCUCCCUGGCUCCCCAGAGAGCCUGCCUCCAGUCUCCCUGUAUGCAAGGGCUGCUUUUCCAUUCUUUCCCCCAUUCCAAAGCCAACACAAACAUGUGCACUGUUCUGUAACAUUACUUAUUUGCUGUACCUUACAAGCAAACCUGUGACAUUCAGACUGAUUGUUUUAAGAACUGGUGUGAGUCGUUUCCCCCCCAUUGUAUUUCACAUAAGCGCAUAAUAAAGGAUCACUAUCCAUUUCCAAAAUAGGGGGAUGGAGACAGCGUG